UUGAAACAUUACUCAAAUGCUUAAACUUUAAAAAUGUCCAAUACAAUCAAAAAUUUGAUUCAAAACUACCACUAUACACUCAACUCAAGUCGUCGACAAUGACUGAUUAUCAACGUUAUCGUCAAUUUUAGUCUCCAUGUUUUCCCCAUUUCCCUUUUUGUUUUCCUUUCACAGCUACGCAAACCUAGCACGUUUGAAAACCAACGAUUUAGUUUAGCAGAUUCUUUUGGUGCCAAAAAAAAGGGAUGCAUCUAUGGCCGUCGAUGAGGCUGAGGGACUCGUUCAAGGAGAAUUACUUGAAGAAACUGGACUGGAAUCUUCAUCGAAUGAACAUCGAAACGCGGCAGCAGCAGCGAAAUCAGUCUGAUUUCGCUCAGCAAAAGCUUCUGGAAACCGACAAGCGUGAUUCGGAAGCUUCAGGGUGUGGAGGCAUUGCUGUGAUAUUGAGAGAAAUUCUCAUGAUUCUCUCAUGCUGUUACUGUUGUUUCUGCUGUGGAGCUUGUGUUUUUGAUGAAGAAAGCAGCUGAAACACAGAGGAACCCCGAAUCCUGGAACUUGGACUUGUAAAGAAUAGAUGGUAAAGGAAACAUUCAAUUUCAAAUGUGGUAGACCUUAUCUCUAUUUAUAGUAAUGACUAGCUCUUUCAACAUUUAUUUUGAUCUUUUCUGAAUCUAUAUUCAGAAACUGCUCAAACACUUAGUCAUGCCUUUUAGUGUGAGUUUGAGCGAUUGCAGAAUGUCAAGAACUGUAAUUUCAUUUUGGCAUUUCAACUAAAUCCAAGCCAAUGCCAUUGCUCAUUCUGCUUGAUUAA